ACUUGCGACGUACUUCGCGCGAUGCGAGUUUGUAGUUGUUUCAAGUAGGGCGAUCUUUACCGGCCUUCUACUUCCUCUUCUCGUGUCUGCUCGUGUCUCGGUACAAUGGCGUCUGGAAUUCUUUACACCUACCCGGAAAAUUUCCGAGCCUACAAGGCCCUGAUAGCAGCUCAAUUUUCUGGCACCCAGAUUAAAAUUGCCGAUGACUUCGUCUUUGGCGAGACUAAUAAAAGCGAAGCGUUUCUGAAGAAAUUUCCGUUGGGAAAGGUUCCAGCAUUUGAAACGUGCGAUGGAAAAUAUAUUACGGAAAGCAAUGCAAUUGCUUAUUAUGUGGCUAACGAACAAUUGAGAGGGAAAACAGAUAUUGAACGCGCGUUGGUUAUCCAAUGGUUAGGGUUUGCUGAUUCUGAAAUUCUUCCUGCCAGCUGUGCUUGGGUAUUUCCUUUACUUGGAAUAAUGCCAUAUCAUAAACAGACUGUAGAACACGCUAAAGAGGACAUAAAUAAAGCACUCUCUGCUUUAAAUUCUCAUUUGCUUACACGGACUUACUUAGUGGGAGAACGAUUAACUUUGGCAGAUAUUUGUGUAGCUAUGACAUUGCUACAUUUGUAUCAAUACAUUCUUGAACCGGAACUACGUAAGCCUUACCAGAAUGUAAAUCGAUGGUUCCAAACAGUUAUUUAUCAACCUGAAUCCAUUGCUGUAAUUGGUGCCUUUAAACUGGCGGAUAAGACUAUUGAGUAUGAUCCCAAGAAAUUUGCAGAAACUCAGGGAAAGAGUUCGAAAAAAGAAAAGAAAGACAAGGAAUCUAAGAAGGAAGCUAAAGAGCCAAAAGAAUCUAAAGAGUCGAAGAAAGAAUCUAAAGUUGUAGCAGAGAAGACCUCGGCGGUAGAAGAUGAAGCUGACGCAACCGAGGAGGCUGUAGCCGCCGAACCGAAAAAGAAGAAUCCCUUUGCUUCAAUGCCUAAAAGCUCGUUCGAUCUUGAUGAUUUUAAACGAUUUUACUCAAAUGAAGAUGAAUCUAAAUCAAUUCCUUACUUCUGGCAAAAGUUUGAUUCGGAAAAUUAUAGUAUUUGGCUUGGCGAAUACAAGUACAAUAAUGAACUAACGAAGGUUUUCAUGUCCUGCAAUUUAAUCAGUGGUAUGUACCAACGAUUAGAUUCAUUGAGAAAAGGAGCAUUUGCGAGUGCCUGUAUAUUUGGGGAAGAUAACGACAAUACGAUCAGUGGUAUUUGGGUCUGGCGAGGACAAGAUCUGGUUUUUACACUAAGUCCAGAUUGGCAAGUGGAUUACGAAUCUUAUAGUUGGACAAAAUUAGAUCCAUCUAAGGAAGAAACAAAGGAGUUGGUUAAGCAAUAUUUUAGUUGGACUGGCACGGACAAAGAGGGACGAAAAUUCAAUCAAGGAAAAGUUUUCAAGUAAAUCUUGCAUUAAAUAAGAAGAUGAAAUAAAACAAAACUCUAUUCAAAUGAAAUAAAUCUAAAGGAAAUGAUAAAGUAUCAGAAAA